AUGUUCAAACCCCGAGUCGCGAACCAAUAUCUCAAUCUCCACCCAUCUAGCCACGCCGCCACCGUGCCACACGUCUCCCGCAGGCCGCACGGGAGCAAGCGUCGGGGGAUCCAGAUUCCAGGCGUCGCGGUGCCUGAGUGCCUGAGUGCCGAGGGAGGGUGUCAGGGUGGACCGUGGACGUGGUGGUGGACGCGGUGGAUCGGCGGGACGAGGGAGACGAGGAGGCGCGAGGAGGACCGGGCGGGCGGAGAUCGCGUAGCACAAAGUGAUCAGGUCCCACUGUGGGUGCGAACACCAAGAGGGCUAGGUGGGAUGGACACGAAUUACGAUGUAUCGCAGGAUUUUGGGAAGUGA